CCCAUCCACUUACAGUUCGAACUGCAGUUCUUGACUGCAGUCAGAACUGUGAACGGUGGACUGUGGACUGUUGAAAAAUGUUCACGUCAGUACGGACUGCAGUCGCGGACCGCAGUCCGUUCGGUGGCGUGGUUGUCGUGGUCAGUCUUUCCGGUGUUUUGCCGUAGGUGUGUACUUUGUAGUUAUUAUUCGUUAUAUUAUUUAUUAUAUUUUUAGUUAUAUUAUUCGUUUUGUGGCUGUAGGAAAAGUGCAUUCUAAGUUCUUAUCGUAUGUGAAGUUAAAGUGCAAUGUCUACGUUUGAAGAUUUGGCAGCAUACGCUGUAAUAGCGGUAGCUAUUAAAAAACGCAAGAAACGAAGGCAUCAAAUGUGGAAAAAAGAAUGGCUUCAGAGGAAGAGAUUUAACCACGUUCACCUUCUUAGGGAGCUUGAAGCAUAUCCUAGAGACUGGAAAAACUACUUAAGAAUGGACGAGAAAACGUACUUUGAUUUAUUACGUAUAGUAACACCAUUGAUUACCAAACAAGAUACAAAAAUGAGGGAAGCCAUCACACCACAUGAAAAACUGACUGCGACAUUGCGGUAUCUAAGCACUGGCAGAACAAUGGAAGAUUUAAAGUUUUCAACGAGAAUUUCCCCCCAAACAUUAGGAAGAAUAAUUCCAGAGACCUGCUCAGCUAUUGUCAAGGCCUUGAAUGACUAUUGCAAGGUACCGAAUACAGCCGAGGAGUGGAAACAAAUUGCACAGGAGUACGGGGAAAAAUGGAAUUUCCCCAACUGCCUAGGCAGCAUGGAUGGAAAGCAUAUAGCCAUAACACCACCACCUGGAAGUGGUUCUUACUUCUAUAACUAUAAGGGUUUCCAUAGUCAGGUACUUUUUCUGCAUUGCUAG